CUCGACUAAUUUCUUUCCUGACGCAAUUGUUUCACAUCUACUCCUCAACCCCUUUUCACCCCUCCAUAGCUCUCUCUAUCACAUCUCAGUCGAAAAUCUAAGUCUUCAUCACCAUGGCGACUCCAAUCAACCAGCAGACUUUCACUCUAAACAACGGAGUGAAGAUCCCCGCCAUCGGCUUUGGUACCUUCGCAAACGAAGGCGCCAAGGGCGAGACAUACAAGGCAGUUACCGCUGCGUUAGAAGUCGGCUAUCGACACUUGGACUGCGCCUGGUUCUACAAGAAUGAGGCCGAAGUCGGCGAAGCUCUUCGUGACUUUCUCGCAAAGAACAAGUCCGUGAAGCGUGAAGACAUCUUCAUCUGCACUAAGGUAUGGCAGCAUCUGCACGAGCCGGAUGAGGUCAAGUGGUCGUUGGAGAACUCACUCCAAAACUUCGGCCUCGACUACGUUGAUCUGUUCCUCAUCCACUGGCCUAUUGCUGCCGAGCGUGAUGAUACUUACAUGCCUAAGAUUGGCGCCGACGGCAAGUACAUCAUCAAGAAGGAGCUCACCGAGAACCCAGAGCCGACAUGGCGCGCCAUGGAGGAGCUGUAUGAAGCCAAAAAGACGCGCGCCAUCGGUGUGUCUAAUUGGACCAUCCCCGGCCUCAAGAAGCUGUUGCAGAUCGCCAAGGUCAAGCCGGCAGUCAACCAGAUUGAAAUCCACCCUUUCCUACCCAACGAGGAGCUGGUUGAGUUCUGCCAACAAAACGACAUUCUACCUGCCGCCUACUCUCCCCUAGGCUCCCAGGAUCAAGUACCGAACACAGGCGAGAAGGUGCGCACUAACAAGACGUUGAUCGAGGUCGCCGAGCGCAGCGGUCACACGCUGGCCCAGGUUCUGCUCGCGUGGGGCAUCCGCCGCGGCUACGUUGUGCUUCCCAAGAGCUCGACGCCCGAGCGCAUCGCAAGCAACUUCCAAGUCCCGCAAUUGUCCGAUGCCGACUUCGAGGCUGUCAAUAGCGUUGCUAAGGGCCGUCACACCCGCUUCGUCAACAUGAAAGACACGUUUGGCUAUGACGUCUGGGCCGACGAGGCGAAAUAAAGUAGUAGCUAGGCUAGCUAGCUAGAUAGCGUCUCUGUCGCGUAGCAGCGGACCACUCGAUUCGUCGGUCCGACUGCAUUUUUGUCGAGGCGGAUGCGACAUGUAGGGUUGUGGUGGUGACCAACCGAAUGUCAACAAUGCACGUAGAAUCAACUGCCCGUAUCCGCCUCUAAUCAGGGGGAUACCGGAUACAACCUAUUCCAUGUUAGCCUGCUAGAUAUCCUAAUGACGGU